AUGCCUUAUUAAAUUGGAUAAUAAAAUGAUGACCCUGAUGAUUCUAUUUUUAAUGAACAUGAUAUUUAAAAUAAUGAUAUUCUUGUAAUGGGAUCUGAUGGACUUUUUGAUAAUUUAGAUUAGUUUUAAAUUUAUAAAUGUAUUAGACCUUUUUGGCAAAUUUCUGACAAUAUUUAAGAUAUUUAGAUAGUUUGUGAUUUUAUUGCUAAGUAUGCAUUUAAAUUAUCUCGAAACCCAACUUAUUAAUCUCCUUAUGCAAUUAAAUGUAAGUAAAAUUAUAAAGAUUAUAGAGGAGGAAAGUAAGAUGAUAUAAGUGUUAUUGUAGCACAAAUAUAAAUACCAAAUAAGUAAUAAUUUAAUUGA